AAUGUUUUAUGAUACAACAUCGCUUGAUGAGCUAGCGAUCUCCAAUAAUGACUUCAGAAUGUGAUCCCAACCCAGAAAACGAAGAUGUCACCCGACAAGAUCAGGAGAGAUUUAUGAAAGAGGCACUUUUAAUGGGAGAGAAAGCCCUGGCAGUUGGCGAAACUCCAGUAGGAUGUGUACUGGUAUUGAACGGGAAAAUAAUCGGAUCAGGAAUGAAUGAUACAAACCGGUCAAUGAAUGGAACAAGACAUGCAGAAUUCCUCGCCAUUGAGGAGGCACUUCAAACCUACCCUAGAUCGAUUUUCAGGGAAGUCGACCUCUACGUGACGGUAGAACCUUGCGUGAUGUGCGCGUCUCUACUUAGACAGUAUAAUAUCUGCCGAGUGUUCUUUGGCUGUGCCAAUGAGAGAUUCGGUGGUACUGGGAGUGUUUUGUCACUACAUUCAGAUCCCUCUAUAGACCCGCCUUAUCCUGUAUAUGGCGGAAUAUUCAAGAACGAUGCUAUCAUGUUACUUCGACGAUUCUAUAUACAAGAGAAUGAAAAUGCACCGAACCCUCGGUCUAAGCGAAACCGUGAACUCAAUACCGAGUUUGCAAGUGACCUAUAA